UGGAAAGAUUUCAUCGCAGUCUCAAAAACGCACUCCGGUCACGUCUCGAAGGAAGGUCGAAUUGGGUCGAUGAAUUGCCUUGGGCGAUUCUUGCGCUCAGGAACAGCCCAAACGCAGAUACGGGUCUAUCACCAACGGAGCUGACUUUCGGCGAAAGGCAGCCGUUUCCUGGCGAGUUACAGAUGUCACCUAAAGAAGUGAGUCUAGACGUGUUUGCAGAUCAACUGAGAAACGUGCUACGAAAACAAUUACCACCCGAUAACAAUUGGCACCAAAGUUUAACAGUCAAGACGUUCGUGCCUAAAGACCUUGUGAAUUGCGAAUUUGUUUGGGUGCGUAUUGAUAAAGUGCAGCCGAGUUUAAAACAGAAAUUUUCAGGUCCUCACCGUGUUCUUGAAAGAAAUGAAAAGACUUUCACAAUUGAAACGAAACCCGGAAACGGAAGAGAUAAG